CGGCCGCUACUCACCGGCACCGGCGGGAGGGCGCGGUGCCGCCCGCGCUCCCGGGACAAAGCGCGGCCAUGAGCCGGCUGUAGGCCCCCGGGACCCAGCCGCCGCUCCGCUCCCUUCGGCCGCCGCGGGGGCUCGGAGGGAGGGGGGAGUGUUUCUUCUCGUCGCCGGCGGCGCGGGGUGGAUGCCGGCUGGGGCCGGCCGCGCCCGGCACCAUGCACACCGUGCAGAAGGACACCACCUUCACCAAGAUCUUCGUCGGGGGGCUGCCCUACCACACCACCGACUCCUCCCUCAGGAAGUACUUCGAGGUCUUCGGGGACAUCGAGGAGGCGGUGGUGAUCACCGACCGGCAGACCGGCAAAUCCCGGGGAUACGGCUUUGUGACCAUGGCUGACAGAGCCGCAGCUGAAAGAGCGUGCAAAGACCCAAACCCCAUCAUUGAUGGCAGGAAAGCAAAUGUGAACCUGGCAUAUUUGGGAGCAAAACCAAGGAGUAUUCAAACUGGUUUUACCAUAGGUGUGCAGCAGCUACAUCCAGCCUUCAUUCAGAGACCCUUUGGGUGGUGGCCGAGACCUCGGACAGACACUGGGAUGGAAGGAGGGCAACUGGUGACCCAUCCAGCAGUUUCCAGUCCCUGGCUGCGAGUCCCCGGGAAGCACCAGAGCACCCAGUCCCGGUGCUGGGCAGCGCGGUGUCUGCUGGGGCUCCAACCCCAGAGAUCGGACAGGAGAGUGGGCAAGGUAUCCCCUCCCUGCGCAGCUGAGCUCGGCUUUGAAGAGCAGUUUCAGCACGUACCAGCCUGUGUCUUGUGAAAAGCCCGUGGGAGGCUUUUAAAAGUGGUCAUGUUUGAAAAUGUGCUGUCACACACAUCCACACAAAAAUCCCCAAAAUAUUUGAAUCUGCAUAAGCUCUUUGCAGAGUUUUACCUUGGUGGUUUUUUUUUUUUCUUGUUUGCCAGAAGGAGUUGGGUUUUGGGGCAGGGUGGAACAAGCUCUCUGGAGGAUGGCUUUUGGUUCGUGCUCUUGCCUUACGUGAUUCAGCAAGCAGCCGGCCAAAGGGACUUUUUCCACAGCGUGCACUUCUUGGUGCGUGUGGCUCUGACCUUCCAGCGGUCACGUGCCGUUUGCUGCUGACAGGCUGCACCCCCUUAUUUCUUAAACAAGCCCCAAAUCUGUCAAGGCUGUGCACAAUGGAGCUCUCUGCUGCCGAGGGCUCUGCAGGCAGACACCGUUUGCUCUCUGCAGUUGCACGUGCAGUUGCCUGUAUUUGUCUGACCUGUGGCAGUCUGUGUGGAUGGACCUAAACCUUCAGGUCUGCACAGUUUUUGCUUUUCUUUGAGGCCUGAUUUUUUGCGGGCCCUUUGGAAAAUACAGCCCUUUCAUUUUGCUGCCUUUUUUUUUUUUCUUUCCUCCUCAUUAGCAAUUUCUAGCAAAUUAGUGGGCAAUCCUGCAUUAAUCAUCUCCAGGAUCUUUCAGUCUGUGGGCUUUAAUUGACUGUGGCGUUGUUAAAUUCCUCUCAGCAGCAUGACUACCUCGGGGCAGGGGCGAACCGGGUGGUGAAAAGCAACGCUUUAGGAGCUGCAUGGAAAGGGCAGAGGAAAUGCCGGGGGCCGGCUGGCCGCAAGAGCUUGGGUGUAAAAGCUUGGGUGUAAAAGCUCGUGAGCAUCGCUGCGGGGCCAGGGGCUGCUGGCGUGGUUGCUACCAGGAGUGUUGCUGAAGGGAAGAAAACCACAAUUAAUACGUCGUGUUUUACAACAAACACUGUGUAGCAUUGCCCUAAACAUCCAGUGUUAUGGAAACACUGGCUAAAAUGUGUAGUAACUGAUAACAGCCAGCGAGCUGGAAGGCCCUCGGCUGUGCCCGGGAGCAGUGGUUGUCCCUGGUCGGACGAGCAGAGGAGCGACCCUGUGUCCCCGGUGCCAGGACGUGCCCCGUGGGGUCGGUGGGUCCUUGGGAGCCCCACCAGUGCUUGGGCAGUGUGUGGGGAAGCCUGGACCUGGAGGGUAUGGGAGGUGGUGAUGCUGGCAGGGGCAGGCAGGGCACGUGGGUGCUGGGGAGAUGUGGCGAGCCGGUCGGGCAGGGGCUGUGUCACGGCCAUCCAGGGAGGUUAUUUUGGGGACCAGCAGCCUGGACAGCGGGAGGUACAAGACAUGGAGACCAGGUGUGUGUCUGUUCUUGCAGUCCAUGCUUCACCUUGCACUACUUCUGCCCUCGGGGUCUAGGAGCAUUUUGCUAUUCAUUCCCUGCACCCCGAGCAGCACCCCUGCCUCAAGGGCAGCACUGCUGGGCAGUACCAUUUCUGUGGCUGAUGCACAUAAAUUUGGGGGGGGGAGGGAAGGAGUGUGACAUGCAGGCUGGAGGGAUCCCAGCCCCCUCUCGCUGACUCUCUCCCUUUGCCU